AUGGCACCCUAUAGUUCUCCAACCGUCAACUCCCAAGCAUUAGGCAAAUUCUUUGACGACGUCGCACGUGUGCUUGGAGAAGACAACGUUUCCCGCACGCCCAGUCAUGGCGCACUCGAGGGUACUCAAGGCCGGAAAUCUUACGGCGAUCCAUUUUCAACCUCAGAGACCCACGCACCAAGCGGUGCUAUUCGACCCAGUACUGUGGAAGAGGUCCAGGAGGUCGUGAAGCUUGCAAAUAAGCACAAGGUGUGCUUGUGGACAGUGUCACGGGGAAAGAAUCUGGGGUAUUCUAUCGUCGAAGUGAGCGAGGAGUACGGGUACGCGAUAGUCGAACCGGGUGUAUCCUUCUUUGACCUUUACGAGGAAAUUCAACGACGGGGCCUGAACCUCUGGCCAUCGGUGCCGGCCAUUGCAUGGGGUUCUGUUUUGGGAAAUACCAUGGACCGGGGGUUUGGAUAUACGCCCAAUGGAGAGCAUUCGCAAUCACAGUGCGGCAUGGAAGUGGUGCUGCCCAAUGGUGAAUUGCUUCGGACGGGUAUGGGAGCGAUGAAGGAUAAUAAAACAUUUGCGCUAUACAAGGGGUAUCUCAACGUUAUCCUACCUCAAACAACUCAAUCACUAACAAAAUCAGGCGUCGUCACCAAGAUCGGCAUGCAUAUUGCACCUGCCCCCGAGGCGUACGCCACUCUCGAAGUCAGCGUUCCCAAGGAAGCAGACCUCAUCCCUCUUACCGGGAUUUUGUCAGACCUGAUGCGCCGCUCCAUCAUCCUCAACUCACCUUCCAUCGCCAACAUCUUCCGCAUCGCGCUUACAUCCAACGUCCCCGAGGUGCACGCCAAACUGGCCCAGUACAUGAAGCCCAACUCCUACGUACCCUACGACGUCCUCGAGCAAAUCCGCGCGGAACAUAACUGGGGAUUCUGGAGAGCCCACUUCUCGCUAUACGGCUCCGUCGAAAUGCUCCCAGCAUUAAUCCAAACCGUGCAACGCGCGUUCUCCACAAUCCCAGGCGUGAAGAUCGAAUGGCGCGAGUUUCCCGGAUCCCCAGGCCGCGCCAUCACAACAGCAGAGAUCAAAGAGGAACAGAUCCCGCACAGUGGCAUCCCGACGCUUGCCCCGCUGGGCAUCGUCGACAGCCGAUCCGAGAAGGGCGGGGCACACGUCGACUUCUCGCCCAUCAUCCCUCCAUCCGGACGUGAGCUGUACGAGUGGUACCUGACUGCGAAGCAACGCACUAUUGACGCAAAGUUCGACUUCUUCGCCGACUUCCAUGUCUACCCGCGCUACGUGGUCGGCAUCGAGCUGGUCAUUUAUACGCUCAGAGAGGAGGCUCGCGUCCUCGAGUUGUGCGGGAACUUGCUGCAUGAUGGUGCGGAGCAGGGUUACAUGGAGUACCGGACGCAUGUGCGCUACAUGGACCAGAUUGCGGCCAAGCUUAACUUCAACGAUUUUGCGUUCAAUAAGUUUACAAGACGCUUGAAAGAUGUGCUGGAUCCCAAUGGGGUGCUUUCUCCCGGCAAGUCGGGCAUCUGGAAUGGAUUUGGGCAGUCUAAGGAUGUGUUGCAGCACAAACUUUAG